ACAAAAAGAAAAAGUAUACGAUUCCAAAGGAAUUUUAAGCUUCAGCAAUUUAAUAAAAACCUUCGGUUGUGUAUAAGCCUGUGCAGGCAAAGAGUAUUUUACUUCUCAUUGCAUAUAAUGAAAUAUUACAUAAAUAUUUGUUGCUGCAUUUGUCUCUAAUGGUCUAAGCGCUCAAGCUCUUGUGUUAACCGUAUAUACGGAACGCGUUGGCGUUAGCAGUUGGCCUUCUUCAAACAAUUUUUGCCUUGUACACAUUGGAGAGUCAGCGGUGUAUCGUUUGAAGCGCAUAGUUUUUAAACCCACAUUAGAAAAAGGGAAAUAUUCUUUUUUCGUUAUUGUUAUUAUAUUUCUGUGGAUUUAUAAAUGAAAAAUUUUUUUUCUCAAUUUAUCAGCAAAUGCUUUGUUCUGAACACACCUUAUGUUUAGUUGUUGCAUAGCGUCGCCCUGUGACAGUGUUUGUGUAAGGUUUGCAUUAUAAAUUUAAUGUAUAACAACGUCGGUAGCAGCCACGCAAAAGCACAUGUAUACGCAUUGUUUGUUUAGUUGUUUGUUUAUGCAAUUGACUCUUUAUACGUUCAACAAUUACAAGAAAUUGACAAGGUGUUAGUUAUACGUGUGUGUUGUUUUUUGCAAUAAUCAAAAGAAGAACAAAAAAUAACUUAUUCAAAAAUUAUUUAAAAGGAAUCGCUGAUACUGUAAUAUAACAACAACAUCAAAAUAAUUUAGUAGAGUCUUUGCAAGUGCAAUUAUUACGGAUAGAAAAUUUCAAUCAAUAAUAAAAUUAAAAACAAUUUUCAAAUAGAUAAUAUAAACGAAAAUCGUAAAGGAAAAGGAAAAAAAUGGCUGCUUAUACACAAUUUGGAUACGCCGGGUAUCCGUCGGCAACGCAGUUGCUUUCUUCGAAUGCUGGUCAAUCGCCGCAAUCGGGAGAUACACCGACUGUACAAUCAACUAUUGCCACAGCUAAUGCUCCUGCAAGCAGUCCUAGCGGUGACUGCCGUUCAAAUUCGGCUGCAGUGACGGGCAACAGUGGUGGUAAUGGUGCAGGUAGUGGUAGUACUAAUGUUGCCGGUACCGGAGAUGUUUCUGCGGGUGCUUUAAGCCCUGAAGGUUUAUCUCAAAGUUCGAAUAAUCGUGGAACGGGAAAUUCGGCAAUGACUGCCAGCGGCAAUUCAAAUAUGGACGUUGCUGCUACUUCUGGAAAUAAUAAUUCUAAUGCGGGAAGCUCGUGUUGCGAAAACGGGCGACCAAUAAUGACAGAUCCGGUAUCUGGGCAAACGGUUUGUUCUUGUCAAUACGACUCGGCUCGUCUGGCUUUGUCAAGUUAUUCGCGUUUACCAGCGGCCAGUGUGGGUGUCUACGGUACACCCUAUCCUUCUACAGAUCAAAACCCCUAUCAGAGUAUAGGAGUAGACAGUUCGGCAUUUUAUUCAUCUUUGAGCAAUCCUUAUGCUUUAAAGGAUACAUCGACCGGUACGGAAAUGUCGGCUUGGACGUCAGCUGGUCUGCAACCAACUACAGGCUAUUAUUCAUAUGAUCCUAUAUCAGCUUAUGGUUAUGGUGCUUCUUAUGACUUAGCUGCUCGUCGUAAGAAUGCGACUCGGGAAUCAACGGCCACUUUAAAGGCAUGGCUAAAUGAACAUAAAAAGAAUCCUUAUCCGACUAAAGGUGAAAAGAUUAUGUUGGCUAUUAUCACAAAGAUGACUUUGACACAAGUAUCGACUUGGUUCGCUAAUGCUCGGCGACGAUUGAAGAAAGAGAAUAAAAUGACUUGGGAACCGAAAAAUCGUACCGAUGACGAUGAUGAUGCUCUUAAUUCGGACGAAGAAAAAGAUAAAGAUGAUAUGGAAACGGAAAAACCGGGACCACAAAUCCAUCCCGGCGGUAAUGUGACAAUGUCAGCUGGCGUUAUGAGCGCUGGUCAGGCAUUAAGAAAAGGUCAUGACAAAAAUGAUUUACAUGAAGAAGACCAUCAUAAAAAUCCCAAUCACACUGGUGAAAUUCGUGUGGGAUUAAAUUUUCCUGGUGGUUCUGCUUAUCAUGCGACCAAUCAUCCGCAUUCCUAUCAUCCUUAUCAACAUCAACAUCCAGCCUAUUAUCAGCAUCAACAGUCAAUGUUUGCUGGAAGUUAUCAGCAGCAUGCUACGUCUUCGUCGACGGCCUCCUCAGUGGAGGCUGCUAAUAAACAAGAUGGUGGCGAUUCAAAAAACCAGUUAAGCCGGGACUGUGGAGUACCGAUUCCAGCGAGCAAGCCCAAAAUCUGGAGUCUGGCCGACACAGUCGCCUGCAAAACACCACCACCUCACACGCAAAUGAGCGCUUUGGUGCAGCGGGCUACUACGCACACAACUCAACCAUCCAAUGCAACACCCGUAAAUAUGGCGAACAACAGCAGCAUCAACAACAACAACAACAACAACAACAGCAACAUUUACGGUAUAACUCCUUAUGCACGGGGGCCUUACGGGUCUUUUCUAGGCGCCGCAGCUAUGAGCAAUCCGCAGUCUUACAAUCACGGGCACUCGGUGAACAACAACGUCAAUCCUACCACACCUUCUACGGCGGCCAACAACGCUUUGCUAAGUCAUCAUGCUACCCCCUUGCACCAACAGCAACAACAACAUCUGCAACAUCAAACGUCCACCACGACUCAGCGGGGGAUGGGGUUUCACGAAGCCCAACCCGAUACUCCACCCCAAACUCCGCCGAAUAUGAAAGUGCCGAACAUACACCUGGCCACGAAUCUUCUAAUUACCGCUACGCAAGCCCAUACGACCGCUACCUGCCCCAGCAAUAAUAAUUUUUAUAAUAUUCCUUGCACCCGCUAUGCAACCGGUAACUACUCACCACGCGACGAAAAUAGCAGCGGUAGCAGUUGUAGUAGCGGGAGUUCGGAUACUACAACGACCACACAGCAGGCACAACAAUCUUAUAAAGCAUUAUUUAGAAGUCAACAGCAAUUGAUGGCAGCUGGCUUUGUUGCACCUGUAUAAAUUAUACAAAAACUUAUAAAAAAAAAAAAUAAA